AUUUCCCCCUCCAGAUCUAACGAAUACAUUAAGGUCCCUGCGUCAUUUUGGAAAGAAUUUAUUAUAAAUCAGAGAGUUAGAGGUUCAAAGGUUUGCCCCGAGCGUGUGAACAUUCCUCCGCUCGGCUUUGCACUCGCCUCCAACCUGCGCCGCCCGGCCAGCAUGCCGCCCCGCCAGUGACACGGCCGCGCCGCGCCGCGCCGCGCUGCGCUCCCGCCGCCCCCCGGCGCCGCCGUGAGCCCGCCCUCGCGGCCACCUGGCCCUGCCGAUCGACGACACGCGCACUUGAAACUUGUUCUCAGGGUGUGUGGAAUCAACUUUCCGGAAGCAACCAGCCCACCAGAGGAGGUCUCGAGAGCCAGCGGAGACGAUGCUGCGGAGGCUGGUUCACCAGUGGAGCGUCGCAGUGUUCCUGUUGAGCUACUCGGUGCCCUCCUGCGGGCGCUCGGUGGAGGAACUCGGCCGCCGGCUCAAAAGGGCCGUGUCUGAACAUCAGCUCCUCCAUGACAAAGGCAAGUCCAUCCAAGACCUGCGGCGACGAUUCUUCCUUCACCACCUGAUCGCAGAAAUCCACACCGCGGAAAUCAGAGCUACCUCGGAGGUCUCCCCCAACUCCAAGCCUGCUCCUAACACAAAGAACCAUCCGGUGCGAUUUGGGUCCGACGACGAGGGCAGAUACCUAACUCAGGAAACCAACAAGGUGGAGACAUACAAAGAGCAGCCCCUGAAGACACCCGGCAAGAAAAAGAAAGGCAAGCCCGGAAAACGCAAGGAGCAGGAGAAAAAGAAGCGGCGGACGCGGUCGGCCUGGCGAGGCGCAGUGGCCGGGAGCGGGCUGGACGCCGCCCGCCCCUCCGACUCGGCCGCCAACGCGCUGGAGCGCCUCUCACGGAGGCAUUGAAAUUUUCAAUGAGACCUUCAGAAGACAUAUUGCAGAAUUCUGUAAAAGUGGACAUAUGGAAAGUAUUAGAAAUAUUUAUUGUCUGUAAAUACUGUAAAUGCAUUGGAAUAAAACUGUUUCUCCUCCAUCACUCUAUGAAACUGCACGUUGGUCAUUGUGAAUUUUUUUUGUCAAGUCUAAUUCAAUUAUUAUUAUCACAUUUACUAUAAUUUAUUUUGUCAACCAAUGUAUUUAUUUUGUAAAUGUAUCUUGGUGCUGCUGAAUUUCUAUAUUUUUUGUAACAUAAUGCACUUUAGAUAUACAUAUCAAGUAUGUUGAGAAAUGACACAAUAAAGUGUCUCUAUUUUGUGGUUGAUUUUAAUGAAUGCCUAAAUAUAAUUAUCCAAACUGAUUUUCCUCUGUGCAUGUAAAAAUAGCAGUAUUUUAAAUUUGUAAAGAAUGUCUAAUAAAAUAUAAUCUAAAUUACAUCAUGA